UUCCUGGCAGUACAGCAGCCAUUUGAUGAGGAGAAAAAAAUAGAUACAAAUAGUGCUCACAGUCUGAAGUACGCCCAGGUCACCGACCUCUUGGUCACGCUGACUCUGUGGUGAAAACAUCUGCAGUCUGCUCAAGGCGAAGCUUUACAGAACCACUAAAGGUCCACUAAAGCUGAGGAAACUGGCCAAAAGCACCAUGAACUUUAUGUUUUGCAGAUGUCAGUGCAGUCCAUCAUGCACACUGAUUAAUGUCAAAUCCACCCAUUGCAGUCACGGCUCACACAGAACAAAUCUGCUGUAAUCAAGAUGUUUUUGUGCAUUCCCUCUAAAUUUUUUUCCGCCUUUAGAGACACAGGCUGAUGCAUGAGCCAGAUAAGAACCUGGCUGUUGCUUUAAAAUCGGACCGACUCCUCUCAGACACGAACACCCUCAGGACCUCAGCAUAUGUUCCCUUUUAUAUUAAUACUGGUUGUUCACAACGAUUAUGUGAACUAUCAGGACAAUUUCCACUUACUGUUUUCUUUUCCUAUAGGCCGUGGAAAAAACAGUAAGUGGUUUACGUGACCACAUGUGGAAAGAAGGCGAGCACCAUUAUUAACCAUACCAAGAUCUCCUGUGAAGAUCUGCUCCAGAUAUAACAGGACCUUGGAGUGUUUGUUUGUUUGUGCUGCUUUAGUUUCAUAUAUAAAAAUAAUCAAUUCCUUAUAGAGUCAUUUCUGAUGAGGAAAGCAGACCUAUCCCCAGCCGCAGGCAGGGUUUUUUAAAAGGAAAAACUGAUGUGAUCUGUGGCAAAUAAAAAAGGGUAGUGCAUUUCAGGAUUAUGCAACAACCCAUUUAACAGUUACCAUCUGCUGGGAUUUGUGUCACUUCAGGGAAAGAUUUCUUACUCAGCGACUUUACAUUUGUCAUAUUGCCUGUCACACCCUCUCUGCUUUCAUUAAAUUAUAAAGACAGUUUGUGUCUUAAAUGUUUUGUUGACUUAUUGUGAAUAAAAUCCCCCCUUACUUUGUUAUAAAGGACAUAGCUUAACAGUAUAAUACUAUCAGCUCUUUAGCUGCCAUCACACUGAUUCAAAUGAUGUGAUGCCACCACAUGAUUCAGUAUUUGUAUUACACAGAAUUACACAGUCUUGACGCUGACUUUUUAACCACCCUGAAUAUGAAUGUUAUCCGGGUGUGAUCAACCCCGUCCAAGCCAGAGAGGUCAGUUUUUUGCUUAACACUGAUUUGAGCCACUCAAACACAGGAAGCCAGACUCCACAGUCACAGCAAUCAAAAUGCAAACCAUGACUUAGACUAUACCCAUUUAUUAAUUACUUGAACUUAAACAUUUACACACUAACGAGCUUCUGGGCCCAACAAAGUUAAAAAACGAAAAAAAACCCAAACAUAAAGUUAACGUACUUUAUUAUACAAUUAGUGAACAGUUUCCUGUAUUUUCAUAGAAAUUUGUUACAGUGUGUGAAAUGAAAUAUAGAGGAAAACUGACGCAGGCUUCACAGUAUUGAACUCAGAUAUAAUAACAACACACACUGCACAAUAUAAACAGAGCAUUACUCAGACACAUCCUGGAUGCGGAUAUAUAUACGUGCCCCCUUCACACCCACACGCUCUCCUAUAUAUCCAAAAACACGUUCACACAUCCACAGAUAGAAGCGAGAAGCGACAAACACUUAUACCGCACCUGAUAAUGACAUAGGAAAUAAAAUGUUUAAUUCAUCCAUCUGGUGUCUACUGAAUAACGGCAGGAACGAUGUAUUUGGGUAUUUGAGCGGGAUUGUGACUCAUUCAGUGCAUCGGUUUUAAACAGACUUUAUCUGAGCUGUAGGUAUCCCUCAGGUACAGGACGGUGUGCUUUGUGUUUUUCUGUGACUUGAGCUCAAAAGCAGGGCAGAGAUAUGAGAGAACAGCUGGGUUUAAAGCCACGUCAAGUUUUUAUCAGGUAACAAAAAAAUAAUCUCAUACAGAACUGUCUUUUGACAUCCACCACCUUUUCUACUCAAUUUAUUUUAUGCUUUAAUUUUUUCUUCAAGGAGAAAUAAGUACAUACGUUACCAAAGAUUCCCACCACAGAUCCAGUCGGUUUCAUUAUUAGUAAUUCGGUGAACAGCUGCUAAACAGUUUCCUCAAUUUGACUCUGGAGCGGUUUCAGUGGAAGUCACAGUCUACGUGUUAUUUAGGUGAAGGGUUAGGCUGUUCAGGUUGUCUGGAGCCACUUACUUAUGUCAGUGAUUAAAAACAUUUAGAUGAAUCAAAGCUAAAGCUUUCCAUGUCUCUGUAAAUCCCUUCUCCCCUAAAAGGGAAACAAGACUUCAUUAACAAAUGAGACAUGCUCUGAAUAAUGUGCUUGUUGUGAAAGAAUGAGACAAAAAAAAAAAUGUGGUCACCGAAUUAACCAGUGGUGAUGUAACUAAUAGCAGACUAUAGUAUUUCUCCACUAAAUGGCAUGGACAGCUGCUCACUCACAGACACAUCACUAAACAAUUUGGCAAAGAGGGAGGUGGAGCUGGUGCAGAAGCCGAAGCGUAGGGAAUAAGGGAUAGGGGGGAUUAUGGGAGGACAGAAAGAAGGAGGUGAUUGUUAGGCAGAAGGAAAACAUAUAAAGAGGGAGAGAGCACGCCGGAGAGAGCAACUGGAAGAGAGGCGAGGAGAAAGAAGCUCAUCGGUUGUCUGAUAACGUUUUCAAACUUCUCCGAGAAACAGUACAACGGCUGCCAUGAGGGACCUUACUUUCCCACUCGGGAUCAUAUGCCUGCUUUUCAUCAGAGGUUACUGCCCCCUGCCUAUGAGCUCAGAAGGGAUGCAUCCCAUGGGAAUUCACGGCCCAUACGCACACUCAUACUCUCGUGUUAAAGAUGAGGAUUACAAUCAAUAUGAAGAUAUAACCACUAGAUCAUCCGAGACGUCGAUUCUAAGUAGAGGGACCCCUAAGCGGUGUGACUAUGAUCCCUGUCUUGAAGGCCAGACCCCCUGUUUUGAGCUUGCAACCUCCUCUAACUGCUUGUGUCCGGGGUUCACUUUAAAUGAUGUGCCCCCAGAAGCGCCCAAACUAAGCUCAGUAUCCUGGAACGGGUCCGAAGUUGUACUUCAGUGGUGCACACCUUAUUCACACGUCACAAACUAUGUUGUGACUGUAGGAGGGCAAGAGAGGCAGAAGUUUGGGGAGGACCGGAGAAGCGGAGGAGUGGGCGAAAUUGGCAACAUAGCAGAAGUUUGCGUGAUGGCCGUGAAUGAUGCCGGAGCCAGCGAAGGAUCUUGUAUGAUGUAUCAUCCCAGGGAUAACAGCCUGCCUCUGACAGCAGGGCUCAUCGGGGGAGCCCUGGGCUUCCUGCUGCUCCUCUUGCUGGCCGUCCUGCUGUGGAGGCACAAGAGGCAAAGGAAACAGGAGGCCACCAUCUCCAUGCACAACACAGCUGAGACGGGGUGAACAGGAAGCACCGCAAGACUGGACACUCGUCGAGAGAAGUCUGUGCUCUGAGACUCUUCUGCAUUAUUGCAGUUAGCUAUGAAAACAUGAUAACAUCUGAGGUUUCCUGCACCACGAGGCUUUCUCAAAACAAGAGGAAGCAGCGAUGUAUUCAUUUCACAUGAAUACAUCGAACUGGUUAUGCUCUGAUGCCUUGUAAUUCCUGAAAACCCCUCUGUGCGUUCAAGAAAGUCCCACAUCCACGACAAAUGCAUAAAAUUACUCACAGAAUUCAUUAUUUGCAAAUUAUAUUUUUUCCCCAGAAGUGAAACCCUGAAGACAAACAUCAGGGAACAUCCCAGCAUGUGGUCCCUGCUUUCAACUUGCUUAGCUGAGCAGCACAGUGUGUAACUGCUAAUAGUGGGGUAAAAAUAUUUGAAGCUUACAUGAUAAAAGUUUGAAAAGUGCCACUAUGGUGCUCCAAGACUUUAUUACUUGACAGAAGUGUAUCUUUCCUAAUCUUGUGUGCAAAUUAAAGGUUUCUUGGAGUUGUGUUUACAAAAUAGUGAUGUGUAUUAAAGUGUUAAUAGCAUAAAUGACAACAGGCACAAAUUAUGUUUGAAAGAGUACAGCAGAAGGCAUAGAAGAUAGUAGCAAAGGUUCAAAUGGCACUGUAAUUUUUAUAUAAUAUAAUUAGGGUUUGAUUGCUGUUGAGCUCUGUGAUGGGCUGGCGAUCUCUCUGGGCCGUACCCGCCUCCUCUGCUCUAUGAGGGCUUAGGAAGGCUCCCCCAGGAAAGGAAAGAGAUGCUGUCACUUACUUUUGGAGAUAUCAAAGCAUGCUGUAAUGAAGUGUUUUCUUUGAAACUCUCUGUGAGAGCUCCUCGUGUCAUGUAUGUAAUUAAAGCGUGAAUGGAUCGAUUGUUUGAACCUGACUUAAACUGUAUUUAUUACAAUUGUGUUCUUUUUUCGCCUCUGGAAGUUAAAUGUGUUUGAUUGACCACUUUUGCUCGAGCCUGACUAUUAAAAUUAAGUAAAACGUCGCCUUAGUCACCACA